CAAAAUUUCAUUUGGUUUGGGGGAUGGCGAAGGGCAAGGGGGUUGGGCUUUGUAAUAUUGAGAUGUUUGUAUCUAUCAGAUUGAGCGAAGCUGCAGCACAUUUCACGCAGCCCUAACACACUCCCAUCUCACCCCCAUGUCCUAAUUAAUAUCCCAUGUUCAUCUUCUACUCCUCACCACCACCCUAUUUAUCCAUCUCUCUCUCUCCUCUCUGCCCACCAUUCUUCAACCUUCACUCUUUUUACCUCACAAAAUUAUGUCAGUAGUACUGUAAUGCAUUCAUUCCUCAUAAUGGGUUGGAAUCAAAUCUCUACAUCUCUCUUUCUGUCAAAACACUCAACAACUCUUCUCUUGAAUUAUCAUUCUUAGUAAUUGACUUGGUAAAAUCGCUUCGAUUCAAUCUUGAAAAGCAACCCAAAUGAAGAUCCAGUGCGACGUCUGUAACAAAGACGAAGCAUCGGUGUUUUGCUCUGCCGACGAGGCCGCCCUCUGCGCCGCCUGCGACCACCGUGUCCACCACGCCAACAAGCUCGCCGGAAAACACCAGCGUUUCGCUCUCCAACACCCUUCUCCCAAACAAUUCCCUCUCUGUGACAUCUGCCAGGAGAAGAGGGCUUUCUUAUUCUGUCAACAAGACAGAGCGAUUCUAUGCAGAAACUGUGAUAUUUCGAUACACGAAGCCAACGAGCACACUCGUAAUCACGAUAGGUUUCUUCUCACUGGUGUUAAGCUCUCUGCAACUUCUUCCCUCUAUUCUUCGCAAUCGUCCUCUGAUUCUUCUGCUGCAAACAAUGAUCUCCUUCCCAAUCUCAAGUCUCAAAACUCCAUCGCCACCACCACCAACAGCAACAAACCCAUUGCCCUUCAACCCACCAUCGCCAAGACAGUCACGGCGGAGACGGUGGUGGCAACCACCGCCAACAAGGGUGUUGAGGGCGGCGCCGCUACCAGUAGCAUAUCCGAGUACUUGACAGAGACGCUACCCGGGUGGCGCGUGGAUGAUUUUCUCGAUUCCUCUUCUCCUACCUCCUUCGGUAUCUAUAAGACUGUUGUUGAUGAAGUUAUGCCGCUUUGGGAUGGGGAUCUGGAGAGCAAUCUGGGUUCAUUUUCUUCCCCAAAUAAUGUAGGCAUUUGGGUUCCUCAAGCUCCACCGCCUCAAUAUCCUCAUCAAUACUCUUCUCCAAACAUGGGUUUUGGGAAUCAAAUCGGUUUCAAGGAAUCCAAAGAAGCUACCAUUAACAAGAACAAGAACAACAACAACGACAACAACAACAAAUCUGGAAGAAAAUGGAGAGACGGUGGUUGUUUCAUUGUUCCACAGAUUAGUCCUUCCUCCAUUGCUGCUUCCAAGAGAUCUAGAACCUAUCGGUAAUCUUAAUCAGACCCAACCUCAACAUGCUCAACUCUCUUCCACUUUCUUUUCUUUUCUUUUCUUUUCAAUCAAAAUUUAGGUUUGAUCUGUUUUUCUUUAUUGUUGUAAUUGUUUGUUUGCUCCUGUAAAUCUGGGGGUUUCUGAUCUGAUCAUGUUGUCUAUCAUCAUCAUUUCCAUGUA